CUUCUCUCUCUCGAAAACCCCCAUCCCAUUCAAGACAUAGCGUUUAGUUAGGGCCCGUUGUGGUUGAUCAGAUUCAGGGAGACAGAUUGUUAGAAAGAAGAAGAAGAAGAAGAAAUGGAAAAGUACCAGAAACUGGAGAAGGUAGGGGAGGGUACAUACGGAAAGGUGUACAAGGCCAAGGAUAAGGCCACCGGACUGCUGGUGGCCCUCAAGAAGACUCGUCUGGAGAUGGACGAGGAAGGAGUCCCACCCACCGCCCUCCGUGAGGUCUCUCUCCUCCAGAUGCUAUCCUCCUCCAUUUACGUCGUUCAAUUGCUCUGCGUCGAGCACGUCGACAAGAACGGAAAACCACUUCUUUAUCUCGUCUUUGAGUAUCUCGACACCGACCUCAAGAAGUUCAUCGAUUCCCACCGCAAGGGCCCCAAUCCCAGGCCUCUCCCUCCUUCCCUCAUCCAGAGCUAUUUGUAUCAAUUGUGCAAAGGGGUUGCCCAUUGCCACAGCCACGGUGUCCUUCACAGAGAUCUGAAGCCACAGAAUCUCCUUGUAGACAAAGAGAAGGGCAUACUGAAGAUUGCUGAUCUUGGUCUGGGAAGGGCUUUUACUGUUCCUCUCAAGAGCUACACCCAUGAGAUUGUUACUCUCUGGUACAGAGCUCCAGAAGUUUUGUUGGGAUCAACCCAUUAUUCCACUGCAGUUGAUAUGUGGUCCGUUGGUUGUAUUUUCGCUGAAAUGGUUAGAAGGCAAGCGUUAUUUCCUGGGGACUCUGAAUUUCAACAACUGCUUCAUAUCUUCAGGCUGUUGGGAACGCCGACUGAGAAGCAAUGGCCAGGAGUUGAUUCAUUGCGGGAUUGGCAUGUGUAUCCACAAUGGGAACCUCAAAACUUGGCUCGUGCUGUUCCAUCUCUGUGCCCUGAUGGUGUUGACCUUCUAUCGAAGAUGCUUAAAUAUGAUCCUGCUGAUAGGAUUUCAGCCAAAGCAGCUUUAGAUCAUUCAUAUUUUGACAGCUUGGACAAGUCUCAAUUCUAGAAUUUAUUUUUGAAAUGCUGUCUUUCUGGAGCUUGAUUUGUGUCAUAAACAUGAACAUUUAUUUGUCCAUUCAUUUGAUGCCUUGUUGAGUCGUCAUUAAUGAAGGAUGUCAUCCCCUUGGUGAUUUGAAGUGUGUUGUAUAAUUUCUGGAACCAUAACGUCUGGCAUUUUUCAUGUCUAUGUUCAACUAAAUUUCAUGUUUUUGUUUUUAUGGUGAUGUUUUUGAUUAUACUGACAUCUUGUGUCAAUUGAAUUCGCU